CUGUCGACUACAUAAAUUAAAGAUUCUGAUUUCUGGUGAAUAGAUUUAAUAAUUACAAUUUUAAAUAUUAAUCUAUCCUUUACAAUAUUUGCAUUUCUUAAAUAAUUAUAUUUUACCAUAUGAUUGGCUCCACAAGGUAACAAUAUGAGAGCUAUUGAACUCUUCAGCGGCAUCGGUGGUAUGCAUUUCGCCGCUAAAGAGUGUGGUUUGGAUACGAAUAUCGACGUGGUAUUGUCUGUUGAUAUAAAUCCAGUAGCUAAUAAAGUUUACGAGCAUUUUUUCCCAUCGACCAACCAUAAAGAACUAAACAUUCUCUCGCUGAAGCCCGAACAGAUAAACGCUUACAAUCCUGAUAUAUUGUUAAUGAGUCCUCCGUGUCAACCAUUUACUAGAAAUGGUCUAGUAAAAGACGUAGACGAUGAAAGAGCCAAGCCGCUUUUACAUAUUAUUGAAAACCUAAUUCCGUACUUGCAAUCUCUUCGAUAUAUAUUAGUAGAAAACGUCAAAGGUUUUGAAUGUUCUGUUGCUAGAAAUAAACUUACGACCACAUUGAAUCAAUCUGGUUUUACGUUUAGAGAAUUCUUGUUGAGUCCUAAACAUUUUGGAAUAUGUAAUUCUAGACUGAGAUACUAUUUGUUGGCCAAAGCAAAGCCUUUGAGCUUUAAUAUCGCUAUUCAAAACGAAAUUGUGUGUGAUAACACGUGGGAUACAAAAUUAUGCAAAUCCAUCACAAAAGUUUCAGAUGUACUGUGCGAACGUGGUGAAGAUUUAGAGAAAUACCUAAUAAGAGAUGAUUUACUAUUAAAAUAUUAUAAAGUAUUAGAUGUAGUUACAAGAAAUAGCACCGGUUCAUGCUGUUUUACACGGUCUUAUGGUACAUAUUUACGCGGAACCGGCUCUGUGUUUUCAAGCCUGGACGACCAGCAAGUCAAACAGAUUACCAAUUGUGAAAACUGUGAUUUAGAAUCUCUGAAAAAUCUUAAACUGAGAUUUUUUACACCAGCGGAAAUUGCAAAGUUUAUGUGUAUUCCGAUUACCAAUUUUCCUGUCAGUGACAAAAAAGCUUACCAGCUGCUCGGAAAUAGUAUUAAUGUGUACGUCGUGUCAAGACUGUUAUGUUUGUUGUUGUCUUGAAUAAUAAAAUUAACUUGUAAGACUUAUAAA